GUUUUGUUGGUGGUGAAGUUGAUGGAGAAGAAGGAGAGAUGUUAUUAACAAUAUCGACAGCUUAUUAUUAAUGUAUAUACGUAUAGAUGGACACAUUAAUAACGAACAUAAUUAAUUCUGCAUCACCCGCAUCACCACCACUGAGACCCUCAUCUCCGCCGCUGCCAACACCACGUCUCCGGAACCGCCUUCACCAUCACCGUCGCUAAUACCAGAAACGAAUGAAUUCAUCCACUUAUCACCACCCCAGGUACCCACAAUACCCUCCCAGCCUCUCUCCACCCGCCUCCCUACCCAUUGAUCAUUAUUGAUCAUUGAUCCAUCAAUCCUACCUGCCCCCCAAAAAAAACCACCACUUCCCCAACGACCACCACCUCAUCUUCCUAAUCUCCCACCACGACCGGAGCCCGCAAUCGACAAACACCACGACGACGAUGGGCUGCGCAUUCCUCUCCCCCCUCCGCGUCUUGCAGCUCGUCACCGCGAGCGCUGUGCUCAUCCUCUCUUCAUAUGUGGCGCAUUGGUACGAUGCAGAUACAUUGACCGCAUCGCCGUCACAGUUUAACUUCUUGAUCUUUACGGGGGUGUGGAGUUUGCUGGGUAUUUUCUAUUUGGAGGUUGUGCCGAGGAGGUGGCCUAGAGGCUCCCACCCCUACGCAGCAUUUGCCCUCGAAUCCCUAACAACCAUAUUCCACCUCUCCGGCUUCAUCGCCCUCGCCGUCUUCCUCUCCAAGCUCCUCUUCUGCCGCGGCUCCGUCUGCAACGCCGCCCGCGCCGACGUGGGCGCCGCCUCCUUCGGCUUCGUGUUAUGGGUUAUCUCGACCGUGAUGGUGGGGGUGGAGAUCUUUAAGGGGGGCUUUAGGAGACAGGGUGGGGGGAAGGUCGAGAUGAGGGGGGUGGGGACGGCGUAG